AUGUGUCUAAGUUACAUGUCUAAACUUUGGGUUCUCUUUACCGAUGCAAUCUUCGGUGCAGCAGGAAGACGCAACGCUAGGAUGUUCCAGGGAUAUAUACAGGGCACACUAUUCCAACUUGUGAAAAUAUCCCUAUUUGAGACAUAUUUUGAAAGCAUUUGGGCCGCGGGCAGUCGAGGUAGCUCAGAUUCAGGGGAAAAUUCACCAGCUGCUACUCAAUAUCGUCUCUCACAUUCUUGCUUCAAUCCACCAACUGGUCAAUCUAAUGCAGUCUUGCUCGAGCGAAACUGCGGGCCGAAAAACCAAGACCGGAUGCCUAACUUGUAG